AUGAAGGAAGUCGUGCCCUCUCAGGCUCCUAAAGUCAUAAAGAAACUCCAAUUCAGUUUACUCAAUGCCCAGGAUACUGUCAAAGUAUCUGAAUUCGAAGUUACUCAUCGGGACCUGUAUACGGCCACGGAACGGCUGCCAGUAAAGGAUGGUGUCCUUGACCGACGUCUUGGCACGUCGGAUAAAAGCGCGUUCUGUGAAACUUGUGGCGAAUCAUCUGUGAAUUGCGUCGGUCAUUACGCAUAUGUCAAACUUGUCGUGCCUGUGUUCCAUGUUGGUUUCUUCAAACAUACCAUCGAUAUUCUGCAAUGCAUCUGUAAAACUUGUGCUCGUGUUCUUCUGGAGGAAGAGGAAAGGCGUCCUUUCCUCAAAAGCUUCCGACGACUAGACAUGGAGAAUUAUCAACGGACGAAGCUCCUGAAGACACUGAAAGCCAAGACAAGAAAAGCAAUCUACUGUCCCCACUGUUCUGCGACAAACGGCAUCGUGAAGAAAACCGGUGUACUGAAGAUCAUUCAUGAUAAAUUUCGCGCCAAGAAAACGGCGGAUGAAAUGGAACGUUGGAAGAAAACAUUUACUUCAGCUGUCGAAGCACAAAAGGAGCUCGGAAUAUUUCUAAAAAAGGCCGUGCACGAGGAUUUGAACCCAUUGAAGGUUUUGGAUUUGUUCAAAAGAAUAUCGGAUGAGGACUGCGAGAUCAUGGGACUACGGCCGUCGUUCGGGAGACCGGAAGAGUUCAUCUGGCAGUAUAUCUCGGUACCACCUGUCUGUAUUCGCCCAUCCGUUGCCCAAGAUGGCGCGUCAAACGAGGAUGAUCUUACCGUCAAACUAACCGAAAUCGUUUUCACAAAUGCUCUAAUAAAGCAAGGCCUGGCGAAAGGAACACCUACGUUUCAAUUUAUGGAACAAUGGGAAUUUCUUCAGCUCUCCGUCGCUGUUUAUGUCAACUCUGAAACUCCAGGUGUCAAUACUCAACCUGGGCAGAAGCCUAUCCGCGGUUUCGUACAGCGUCUCAAGGGAAAGCAAGGCCGCUUUCGUGGAAAUCUAUCGGGAAAGCGUGUCGAUUUCUCUGGUCGUACUGUCAUCUCUCCUGAUCCGAAUUUGAGAAUCGAUGAAGUUGCUGUGCCUGAGAGAGUGGCCAAGAUUCUCACAUAUCCGGAGCGCGUUACUUCUCAUAAUGUCGCAAUGCUCCGGCGAGCGGUGAGAAAUGGCCCAGACGUCCAUCCUGGUGCCAAUUUCGUCGCGAGAGACACGGUAAAGAAGUUUUUGAAGUUUGGGAAUAGAGAUGCCGUGGCGGAUGGGUUGGCAAUUGGUGAUGUUGUAGAACGGCAUAUCAUUGACGGAGAUAUUGUUCUAUUCAAUCGGCAGCCAAGCUUGCACAAGCUAUCCAUCAUGUGUCAUAGGGUCAAAGUACGUCCAUGGCGGUCCUUCCGUCUGAACGAAUGUGUGUGUGGACCAUACAACGCUGAUUUUGAUGGAGAUGAAAUGAACCUACACGUGCCCCAAACGGAAGAGGCGAGAACUGAGGCUUUGGAACUUAUGAGCGUCAAAAACAAUCUUGUUACACCUCGUAAUGGUGAUCCCGUCAUCGCCGCCAUCCAGGAUUUUAUCACAGCAUCUUAUCUGAUCUCUCAGAAAGACCGAUUCUUCGACCGACGUCAAUUCACUCAGAUAUGUUGCUACUUUGCCGAUGCCAACAUACAAAUUGAUAUUCCCCCUCCAACCAUCUGGAAGCCGGUCAGGCUAUGGACUGGGAAGCAGAUAUUCAAUGUCUUGAUGCGUCCGAAUAAGCAGUCGAAGGUCUUCGUAAAUGUAGAAUCGAAGUGCAAUAAAUGGGAGGAAGCCAAAGCCGCCAAUUAUCCAAAGCGGAUGCACGUCGUUAACGAUCUUUCGCCGAACGAUGGUUGGCUAGUUAUCGUCAACAGCGAGAUCAUGUGCGGAGUCAUGGACAAGGCUAUUGUUGGUAGUGGAAAGAAGAAAUCCAUCUUUGGCGUCAUUAUGCGAGAUUAUGGCCCUCAUGAAGCCGCCGCUGCAAUGAACCGAUUGGCGAAGCUAUGCGCUCGAUGGCUAGCGAAUUUUGGUUUCUCUUUGGGAAUCAAUGAUGUUAUCCCCGGCCCAGAGCUAACGAGGGAGAAAGACAGACUAGUAGAGCUUGCUUAUGCGCAAUGCCUGGAGCAUAUCGCUCGAGCAAAGAAAGGGCAACUAGAAAACAAGCCUGGGUGUAACCAAGAGCAGACUCUUGAAGCGCUCAUAUCAUCAGUGUUGUCAAAGGUUCGAGAGGAGGUGGGACAAAUUUGCAUGAAGGAGCUCAGUCGCCACAAUGCCCCGCUCAUCAUGGCUACUUGUGGGUCAAAGGGUUCCGUCAUCAAUGUCUCUCAAAUGGUUGCCUGUGUCGGACAACAAAUCAUAGCGGGCCAUCGUGUUCCCGAUGGCUUUCAAGAUCGUUCUUUACCUCACUUUCCCAAGAAAUCUAAGGAGCCGCCAUCCAAAGGAUUCGUGCGGAAUAGUUUCUACUCAGGUUUGGUUGCGACUGAGUUCCUAUUCCAUGCCAUUUCCGGUCGUGAAGGUCUCGUCGAUACUGCUGUCAAGACUGCAGAAACUGGGUACAUGCAACGGCGGCUUAUGAAGGCGUUGGAGGAUCUCACCACGCAGUAUGAUCUGUCAGUGAGGAAUUCAACGGGAGGCGUUGUUCAAUUCAAAUAUGGUGACGACGGACUUGACCCAGCCUGCUUGGAGAGUGACGCUCAGCCUAUUGACUUUGAACGCGCCUGGAGCCACGCAUGUGCAAUUGGGUUGUCUGGCGGCAGAGCUCUCCUGCCAUACGAAGUCACGGAAAUCGUCAACACUGAACUCAACUCGACAAAAUUUACGAGCGAGUGCACGAUGGCGUAUCUUGCAACUAUCCGCGCAUUUAUUCUUGACCACGUUGUUCUUAGACAAGCCGAAGUCAGGAAAAGCCGUGGUAUGUUCGAGGCUUUGGAACGUCAUGAAGAGUGGGACGAACACACCGAUCUGUCUUUCGGAGCUUCUGAUGCUGACAAGGCGAUCGUGCAAAACAAGUCCAAGGUCACUGAACUACAACUACGGACAUUUUUGCAACUCUGUUGGUCCAAGUACGCAAAAGCUCGCAUAGAACCCGGCUCUACUGUGGGUGCUGUCGGAGCUCAAUCUAUUGGUGAACCCGGAACGCAGAUGACUUUGAAAACUUUCCAUUUUGCCGGUGUCGCUUCUAUGAACGUUACCCUUGGAGUUCCUCGUAUCAAGGAAAUCAUCAACGCUGCUAAGAAUAUCAGUACGCCCAUUAUUAGUUGCAAGUUGGUUACGUGCGACAGUGAGGCGUCGGCUCGUAUCGUGAAAGGACGCCUGGAGAAGACCCUGCUUGGAGAAAUCGCUAGCGUCUUAGAGGAAGCAUGGGCUCCUGAGUAUACGUACCUUGGUGUGAUUGUCGAUAUGGAUGCCAUUCAGAAGCUUCAGCUGGAGCUUACUUUGGAUGAUAUCAAGUGGGCUAUAGUUCGCGCAAAGAAGCUGAAGAUUAAACAAGAGUCUGUGAUUGUCCUACCUCGCAAAAACCGGCUUAGGAUAUAUGUUGACACGGAGGAUAAAUAUUACCGAUUGCGGGAAUUGAAGCGAGGGCUAGCUGACGUCGUUGUAAAAGGUGUACCUGAAAUUCAACGAGCCAUCAUAAACAUCAAGGAAAAGGACGACGCUCGAGGAAAGAAGGGGAACAAGGAGCUCCUUGUGGAAGGUUAUGGUCUGAAGAAGUGUAUGGUUACCGAAGGAAUCGUCGGAGAGUUCACGACCUCCAACUCGGUUAUUGAAGUUGCUCAGGUAUUGGGUAUCGAGGCAGCCCGACGAACGAUCAUCAACGAAAUCCAGACAACUAUGAAAGCACACGACAUGAUCAUCGACCCUCGGCAUGUCAUGCUGCUAGGUGAUGUUAUGACUUACAAGGGCGAGGUCCUGGGCAUCACCCGGUUCGGAGUCGCUAAGAUGAAGGAUAGUGUCCUGAUGUUGGCGUCCUUUGAGAAGACAACGGACCAUCUGUUUGACGCGGCUGCGCUUGGAAAAAACGAUAGCAUUUCUGGUGUUUCAGAGAGCAUCAUCAUGGGUAAUCCCGCUGCUCACUGUGGAACUUCAAUGCCAGCAUUGUUCUCUAGCGCUCCGACCAUCAGUAAACCGAGGAAAUUGUUGUUUGAAGGGGCGUUGUAA